AUGACUGUUACGUAUACAGCUCGGGUAGCCAGUGCCCGCUUUGGUGGCUUCUACAAGCUGCUGAGCCUAUGGCGUGGAAGCAUCUAUAAAUUGCUGUACAAGGAGUUCCUGGUCUUCUCGGUUUCCUACUUGGGACUAAGCCUUAUGUAUCGGUAUAUCUUAAAAGAAGAUCAGAAACGAGUCUUUGAAAAGGUGGUCAUUUAUUGCAACGACUAUGCCAAUCUCAUCCCUAUCUCCUUUGUUCUGGGCUUCUAUGUAACACUGGUAGUAAACCGCUGGUGGAGCCAAUACACCUGCAUGCCAAUGCCAGAUCGCCUGAUGUGUGCCAUCUCUGGAAAUGUGCAUGGUGCUGAUGAGAAGGGGCGGCUUUAUCGACGGACACUCAUGCGCUACUGCAGCCUGUCGGCAGUCUUGAUCUUGCGCUCAGUCAGCAUUGCUGUGUUCAAGCGCUUCCCCACCAUGGACCAUGUGGUGGAGGCAGGAUUCAUGACUCGUGAGGAACGCAAGAAAUUUGAACACCUCAACUCCUCCUACAAUCGAUACUGGGUCCCCUGCAUUUGGUUUACCAACUUAGCUGCACAGGCACGUAAAGAAGGCCGCAUACGUGACAGCUGUGCCCUCAAGUUGCUCAUGGAGGAACUGAAUCACUUUCGUGGCAAUUGCAGCAUGCUUUACCACUAUGACUGGAUCAGUGUACCAUUAGUCUAUACUCAGGUGGUUACCAUUGCUGUAUACAGCUUCUUCUUUUCUUGUCUAAUCGGACGGCAAUUCCUCGAUCCAGCCCAAGGUUAUAAAGGAUACGAUCUAGACCUGUGGGUACCUGUUUUCACCCUGCUUCAAUUCUUCUUCUACUUUGGAUGGCUCAAGGUGGCUGAGCAACUCAUCAACCCUUUUGGGGAGGAUGACGACGACUUUGAAACCAAUUUAUUGAUCGACAGGAACUUCCAGGUCUCCAUGAUGGCUGUGGAUGAGAUGUAUGGGGACCUGCCUAUCCUGGAGAAGGAUAGGUAUUGGGAUUCCUCAAACCCACGCGCCCCGUACACAGCAGCCACAGUUUUUCUGUUGCAACAGCCAUCAUUCCAAGGCUCCACGUUUGAUGUGACACUGGCAAAAGAAGAUAUGCAGUUCCAGCCUCUGGAGGAGAUUGUCGAAGGCCUUGAACAGAGCCGCCAUGUGCCUGCCCACCUCUUAAACCGACUGCUCUCUACAGCUCCUACCUCGGGUGGUUUUGGACGUCGACUCUCUCUGCUGAAGCGCAAGAACAGCUGUGUUUCAGAGCCAUCGACCACCUACAGCUGCCUUUGUCAGGACACACAGGCCACUGACUGCACAUGUUCCCCGCCCGCCAGGCAGCACAUGCGCAGUAACAGCAUUCCCUUCAUCCCUGAAGGGGAAGGAGGCCCUGGCCACGAUACCGCUGGCCCGGGAACAGAAGCAUGUAGCGUUCUCCCAGAGGCUCAUGCUGUUGAGUUGGGUGAUCUGUCUCAGAGCGCUUUGGGCCAGGAGAGUGUUGCAGCUGCCCCCCAUGAUCCAGAUCCCCUUGUGGAUACAUCAGUUCACACAACUGGUAAUGUCUUGUCCUGGCCUCUCCUAGAACAUGACUCUUCAGAUACUUCCUUCUUUCACAACCCAAAGGAGGUGCCCAGCAAGGAGGGUCUUCUACCAGUCAGCUAUCCACCCUGGCUGCAGAGCCCCAUUGAGGAGGAAAAUGUGGCAUGA